UUCUAGUUUUCCGUGGCGGGAUGAAAGCAGCCAUAUUGGUUUUCAGUGAACAAGAAGCCGGUCUAUAAUAGUUUAAAACCUAAUGUUUAAGUAUUUAGAUAUUCCAGUAGGUAGUGAGUUCUCAUUAUUAUAAUUGCUCAGCUAUUCAUUCACUCAGAAGCUACAUUAUUUUGGGACGGAAUGUGUCAGCGUUUCUUUGGACUCAUGUGGUGAAGAGUGCAGGAAGGGUGACUGCUGCAGGGGUUGCGUGUGAGCAGAUCAAGUUCCACUCGACCCCUCCAACCAUGGCACUUCCCAGCCGAGCUCGGGUCUACUCUGACGUCAACUCUCACAAGCCGCGAGAAUACUGGGACUACGAGUCAUACGUUGUUGAUUGGGGACAGCAAGAUGAUUACCAACUCGUUAGGAAAUUAGGUAGAGGAAAAUACAGUGAAGUCUUUGAAGCUAUUAAUGUUACAAACAAUGAAAAAUGUGUAGUUAAAAUACUAAAGCCUGUUAAGAAAAAGAAAAUUAAGAGAGAAAUCAAAAUCUUAGAAAACCUACGAGGAGGAACGAAUAUUAUUACAUUGCAAGCAGUUGUAAAGGACCCAGUCUCCCGAACGCCAGCAUUGAUAUUUGAACAUGUAAAUAACACCGAUUUCAAACAGCUUUACCAAACUUUAACAGACUACGAUAUCAGAUUUUAUCUCUACGAACUCUUAAAGGCCCUGGAUUACUGUCACAGUAUGGGGAUAAUGCAUAGAGAUGUAAAACCUCACAAUGUCAUGAUUGACCAUGAGAACAAGAAGUUGAGACUCAUUGACUGGGGACUGGCGGAGUUCUACCAUCCUGGCCAAGAGUACAACGUGCGAGUGGCGUCUCGCUACUUCAAGGGACCGGAACUGCUUGUGGACUACCAGAUGUACGACUACUCAUUGGACAUGUGGUCGUUGGGCUGUAUGCUGGCCAGUAUGAUCUUCAGGAAAGAACCGUUUUUCCAUGGACAUGACAACUACGACCAGCUGGUUAGGAUUGCCAAGGUGUUGGGCACAGAGGAACUUUACGAGUACCUGGACAAGUACCACAUGGAGUUGGACCCAAGGUUCACGGACAUUCUGGGCAGACAUUCUCGUAAGCGAUGGGAGCGAUUCGUCCACAGUGAAAACCAACAUCUAGUGUCCCCUGAGGCUCUAGACUUCCUGGACAAACUGUUGCGGUACGACCACUACGAGCGACUCACAGCUCGUGAGGCAAUGGAACACCCUUACUUCUUUCCGAUAGUAAAGGAGCAGAGCCGUCUCAACAUGGUGUCGUCAUCCCCUACCCCCAUCACUGGAUCUGGCCCUGCCGGAGAGUAGCCAGUCAGGGAUCGAAUCAGUUUCAAAGGAGACCCCUGGUGGCAUCAGUACUGUGCCUACAUCUACUUUACACAGACAUUUAUUCCAAUUGGACAGUGUUAUUUUUGGCUUGACUGGCUCUAAUAUUUAAAUUAUUUAAUUUGUUUGCUCCAAAAAAAACUCAUUAAACAUUAAAUCUAUAGUUUUAUAAUUUCUAUAUGAAAUUGUUGUUAAGUCCUUGAUCCUAAAUUAAUGCCAUUCGCUGUGUAACUAAAAUUUAGGUUUUUUUUAAACAACUGCUUGUUAUAAUCAGACACGUGAUAUAUCGGUGCAUUUUUUUUUAAUAUAUUGAAAAAAUUAAAUUAUUUCUUUGGUGAUGCGAUUUUGUCUUUUUCCUUUGAAACAGAUGGUUUUCUUGUGGUUUAGUGAGUGAAGUGAUUCAAUCGGAUCGCAGAUGAACUUGUGUCUUAGACUUGAACAGCUUCGGACAAACUGUCGCUCGAGUCAAUAUUUACUGUUUCAUAAACUAUAAUUUGUAAUGUAUGUGUAAUUAUCGUAAUAAAUAUUUUAUCGUUAUGUUUUAUGUAUUCUGAAACGAUUGUGCAUUAGAAAUAGAGGGGUUGCUCAACAAUGGCUGAGUGAAUACUGAAGACAAGUUUAACAUUGAAAUGUUGUUUAUCAUUCGACAGACAACUUGUAUAUAGACUAGGUAGCAACUUUUCUCACUGUUAAGUGCUGAUUGUGUUGGUGCGUUGACAUAGACAGUUGACAAGUUGUGUAAUACUGCAAACAGGACGGUAAACACUCACUUAUUUUGACCAUUUUUUAUAAAGCUGGGAGAGAAACAUUCUCUUUAUUGGCCUAUUAGGAAUUAAAUAAAUCCCUAUUGUUGCAUGUAGUAAAUAAAAUGAACAGUUUAUCAAUAUUGUGAUUUAAUUUAAUAUAUUUUAGUCUAUAUUUUAUUGUUGAAUGUUGAUAUUUCAAAGCAUUGUAUGAAAUCUUGAACUAUUUUUGAGCUUUACAACAAAGAUGUUUUCUUCACGAUUAUUGAUUAUUCUAAACACUUAUCAGUCCCUCCUUUUAGUUCAUAUCCUUCUUUUAAAACCUAUCAGCUAUACGUAGGUGUUUAUCUAUUGUUGCAUUACCAACUUAUUUCAUAUAUAUGGAAAAGUCAGCUUGUAAGAUGAAGAAAUUUUGAAAACUAUCCAUUUGUUAUGUAUGUUCUUUAAAAGGAUUAAACUGCUUCAAUAUCAAUAAAGUAUAUUAAAGAACUCAAUAAUUAACCAAGCUAACGACUUUCCAAUUUUUUAAUGGUUGAUAUCAAUCAAAGUGUCUUUUGGCCAAAGACAGUAUGAUAAUUUAAUAUAGAAAUACCCCUGCCGUAACAAGCCUGCAGACUAAGCGAAUUUCCAUUUGCCUGAUUUGAUUUUCACUUCAAUUUAUUUUAAUAACAUUAGGUUUAGCGAGUACCAAGGUUUGCUUCUACAGGGAGGGUAAUAAAGUAUGUUUUUUUAACAAAACGUUAAUAGCUUAGUAUGAAAAUAAAUAAAUUUUUCAACUUUGAUCAAAAUAUAUCCAUACAGUACCAGACUACAAAAGAUUAUUUAUUCUUCAUAGCAUGAGAAUUUUAAAUUUACAAUUUUUUUAAUUUUCUUUGUAACCAAUAACCACAAAAAAACACUGCAAUAUACAAAAUUAUUUGCUUUUAAAGUUCUUUAAAAUGAUUCAAAGAUAAAUUGGGAAAUUUUAUGUUUUGAGAGUCUAAAAUGAGAAAACUUAAUUUUUUCCCCAUAAAACCCCGUUCCCAUGGUCCGAUCAUGCUGGUUCACGAAUUCAUUCAAGUUUAUGUCGCCCGAGAUCUUCAAGCGAAAUUGAUUUAAAAUAGGACAAAAAAUAUCAAGUAAUCACAUUCACGGACAUCUUAUAUAUAAAUAAAUAAUCUAUUAUAUACAUGUAUAAACAUUUAAACGAAUAGUGUUUUUAGCCUCUAAGAGACAUCAAAAUGAAAAAGUAUAUUGGUCCCGGGUCUAGGUCUUACGGUGCAACCUACUUCCCUAUCGGGAAAAUUCGCUAUAAACGUUUUACCAUGUAUCGUAAAGAUUUUUGCUGGUCCUGUGAAUGAUUCUACCAAAUGAGUUUUAUACACCCAACCUCCAUUCAAGACGACCCUCUUAUCUCUUAUUAUGUUCAGAGUUGCACAAGAACGUGUUGGGAAUCAAGGCUAAUCAUUGAAUGCUGCUCUCAAAUUUUGUCCUUAUUGCUGAACCUUUGAAUUACAUGUUUGUAGGUGAGAUUUCAAUUUUCAUCCAUCAAGGUAUUAUUUUAAUCAAUUCUCACCUUAAUUGGUUAAGCGAAACUAGCCAAAACAUUUGCCAACACUGUAAAAAAAAAAUCAUCCUUGAUUUUCUUUGGCGUGCAAAUGUAGCCUACAUUUGCUUUGUUAUUACUGUAUGUAUUUCUAUAAGUCAUUCACUAAUUUGAGGUGAGAGCUGCCCUAUAGUUGCAGCUAUAUAAAAUACUGAACUCAAAUGUUCCUUUGUUGAUGUGGAAAUAUGACAUUAUCUGGUAAUGAGUUGAUUGAAUAAAACUCAUUUUAAGGGUUAUUAAUGUAAUAAUAUAGUAAACCUUCUUUGAAAGGAUCUUGUUUGUUGUAUCGAGAGAAACAAAAAUCAGUUGCUACAAUAAAAUUAAUUGUUUACAGUUUAGAAUUACUUGCUGAAGAAAAUAACUGUGUUUUAUAAGUAAUAAUAUGAAGUAUAUUAUAAAGACAUUUAUUGGUUGUUUAUUGGGGUGAAAAUAAAGCUUUAAAAUAGUGAAUAUGUUGAAAAUAUUUUUAAAUUCUUAUGGCAAGGGAUACAGUUGCAGUAUUAUCGAUUACCAAUUAUUUAAAAAUCAUUGCUAGAAUGGUGUUUUGAAGUUGAAUUUUUUCAAAUUUUAUUUGUUAUCUUUCCUUUCAACAAAAUGUAUGUUUGCAGUGUGUACUGUGUAAGAUAAUUCGAUAGUCCUGUACAGCCAAGGGUUUAAUGUUGUUUGCAUAUGAAUUUUCAUACUCAAGAAAAACACUAGUAGUGUGAUGUAUUUACUUUGUAAUGUAAGUAGGCUAUUUAUGUAAUUCAAUGACAUAAUAACCACUAGAUUAAUGUGGGGCGUCAAAUGAUGUAUAAAGAAUAAUUUUUCAUACACAUUUUGUUAUGACGUUUUACUUACUUGCCAGUUUAUUUGAAUUUGUUUACGCGGAUAAAUAUGAAACAAAUCUGUAAUGUUACGUUAAAUAUUCAAAUUGUUUAAUAUGAUACUGUGAAGUAGUAUUUGUGGUUAUUUUUGUUCUACUUUGAUAUUGGCUUAGCUGUAAAUAAACUAGGAAACUAAUUA